UGGAUGGUUUUCAGGCAAAAAAAGUAAUGAUUUUUUUUUUUGUUUUUAGCCAUCGAUUGUUGACAGGUUUAUCGGGGGGCUUACAAGAUGAGUUCCCCUGCAGAUCAUUUUCCCUCGAACGAGAAGGAUGCUAUGCGGCUCGGAGCGAGGCUGGAGCGACUGUUUGGGGGAGAUACCGAGCGUUUGAAUGUCGACCAGUUCUUGAAUUGUAAGGAGUACACUGGCAGGUCGGCAGAGGAGGUUUUAUUGAAGCACGUUUUAUUGCGUGUUUUCGAGGAGAAGGGGAACGAGAUUGAUUUCCGCGCGUUUUCGUCUACGCUGGACGCAUUUUUGGACGACGAUAGCGAGGAGGGCAGACUGAGUGCUGCGUUUCGGUUGUACGACAUGGACGCAGACGGCCGCGUGGGAAACGGUGAGCUAUUUCAAAUGCUCGGGGUGGCGCUUGGAAACAAGCUGAACAAUGUGCAGCUCCAGCAGGUGGUGGACAAGGCGAUGAUCGAGGGGAAUGGGUACAAGGAAGGGGUUGGGUUCGGCGACUUCAAGCGGAUGGUGUCCGACGUGAGCAAGGCGAUGAAAGAGAAUUGGACUCCAUGA